AUGACAGAACCGAGUUUCAACGGCUCGUGCAAGCGGCGACGAGCAUCAGUUCCCAGUCAAGAAACAAUAGAUCGUCACACUUUACAACGACCCCCGCGCAAGAAGCAAAAGUACCGUCACCCACAUCGACCACCGCCGGCCUUCUGGGACAACCUCUCCGAGAUCCCCCUGACUGGGCGCGCGGUAAAAGAACUGAAUCGAAGGAACACUACGAAUUUGUCACAUACGCCAGCUAGCUGCCCAGCCCCUCGACGCUCAGCUGCCAAGUUGACGCCCCAGCCUGCAGUCGAGUAUCUCGGUCAGUCUAUGCCAUCGCGACUGAAGCAGAUCAAGCGCUUUUCGCGAGAGGGCAGGCCCAAUCUGUCAAACCUACAAGGGUUUCGCGGCGAGCCGAGUGUUUCAUCCGAAGGUCAAGUAAUGAGCUCCAGCCAGUCCAGCCUCGGUCGGCGCAAGCGAGGCUCGGCGUCGCGCUCAAAGAACAGUGCCAGCACACUCAACACGACGACUACUAAGAGUACCAGUCCGUACGAUCGUGCUUUCCAACAGCAUCUAAUUGAUUAUGGCAUCUAUCCUGACGGUUACGAGUACCCAGACGACCGAGGUGCCCCACCACAGCCUACCAACAUGGAUGAAAUCUUACAAGCUCUUGCUCGCCUAAGGCCCUCUUUAUCGCCAUCUCUAUUCUCAGAUGAGGAAUUCGGGAGGUUUAAACGGGCCGACGCGCAUGCUACUAAGGAGUGGCAGGUUACUUCGACAGUGAUUCCCAUUCUAGAGGGCGACGUCCGCGACACCAAGUGUGUCUCAGGACAGGUACCAUUCACGAACCUCGACCAUCUGACCGACGGCUCUCUCGUCCCGGGCAAUCCAGAUCGGUACUACGGCGCCCGCCCCGAGCAGCUAGACCGACAGGUCCGCGCCGAACUUCACGGCUCGAUAACCCCAUCGACCCAGCACGACCUCCCCGUCGCCCCCAACUUCUUCCUUGCCGCCAAAGGCCCGGAUGGUUCACCUGCCGUGGCCAAGCGCCAAUCAAAUUAUGACGGUGCUUUGGAGGCGAGAGCCAUGCUUAUUCUCCAGUCUUACAAAGCAAGCGCCCUUAUAUAUGACAAUACGGCCUCUACUAUCAUAUCAACGUAUCAGGACGGACAGCUCAAGAUCUACACCAUUCAUCCCGUCGAGCCAACGACCAGCGCAGCGCCUGAGUAUGUCAUGACGCAAAUGGAUACAUGGGGUUUGACUGGCAACUCCGCUUCGUUUUGUACCGGUGCCUCGGCGUAUCGGAAUGCAAGGGACUGGGUCAAACUGCAACGAGACGAGGCCAUCAAACGGGCUAAUGCGAGGGUGACACGGGCUGGCGUGGCGGACAUGUCUCUGCUGGUUGACGAGGUGGCGCUGAGCUUUGAGGCCGACCUCUCAGUAAAUACGACAACGGACCCUAGCAGCCAAAACACUAUUAUAGCACUGGAUCAUGCUUCCAAUGCACCCUAUGCCUCUUCCGAUCCUGAUACGUCCGCCGACGAGUUGAGCGUGGAGGCACCCAUCGCCAAACGCUCUCGACCUGCGACGCGACUUGAGAGACGGCUAGUAACGAGCACGGUACAUGGAAAUGAUACAUUAUACCGGGAGUCAGGUCCAUAG